AUGAACUGGGAACUGUUAAGAAGCAGACUACACAUCGAUCAAAUAGAUUUAUGGAAUCAAGUCAACAAGCUGCUGCAGGAAUCGCCACUCCAAACACACCAAAAAGAUUAUGAACACACAAGCGAGUUUUAUAUAUGGUUAAUAUCCAGAAUUCUGGAAGAUAAUAAUAGAAAAGGUACAAGAGAAUCUAAGACUGUGCAAACGGAACAGGAUUCUACCGAACCAGAGCUCGAAAAUCUUAUAAAAGGGCUAGAACUGGAAAAUAAAAUACUAGAAGAAUGCUAUGAAAAGGUCCCAGGACCUGAAAAUUAUUAUAAAGAGGAAGAUUUGAUAAUCAAAGUGUGCUGUGAAGGAGAUAGUAUCAACUGGGAAACCACAUCAAAUUUGAUCAAAUUGAUGAAAUUCAGAGAAGAUAAAUAUAUAGAAAAGUGUUUAAGCCUCUUAAAGAAAAAGAAUGAUCUCUUCAGGAAAAUCAUCGCAGCGCAAUACCUGAGUAUAGUAUCAUUAAAACAAAUACAUUCAAGAAAUAGGACUAAAGAUUUUGAAAGACCAAAAUUUAUAUCUAAGGAAACUAAAUCUGAACUGGAGAGGAAAAUCGAAGAUUUAAAGGAACAGAAUCAACUCCUCAAUUCGAGGCUGGAAAUCUACAAGUCAGAACUAGAAAAAUUUUACCCCAAAAAUAAUUCUUCCUGUCCGAAAGAGGAAAAUUUUAAUUUAUAA